AUGAUUGUGCUAUUAUUCUUUGCUUUGCUCUGGAUGGUGGAAGGAGUCUUUUCCCAGCUUCACUACACGGUGCAGGAAGAGCAGGAACAUGGCACUUUCGUGGGGAAUAUCGCCGAAGAUCUGGGCUUGGACAUUACAAAACUUUCGGCUCGCAGGUUUCAGACGGUGCCCAACUCACGGACCCCUUACUUGGACCUGAACCUGGAGACCGGGGUGCUGUACGUGAACGAGAAGAUCGACCGCGAGCAGAUCUGCAAGCAGAGCCCCUCCUGCGUCCUGCACCUGGAGGUCUUCCUGGAGAACCCCCUGGAGCUGUUCCGGGUGGAGAUUGAGGUGCUGGACAUCAAUGACAACCCUCCCUCUUUCCCCGAGCCGGACCUGACUGUGGAAAUCUCGGAGAGCGCCACGCCGGGCACCCGAUUUCCCUUGGAGAGCGCCUUCGACCCAGACGUAGGCACCAACUCCUUGCGCGACUACGAGAUCACCCCCAACAGCUACUUCUCCCUGGACGUGCAGACCCAAGGGGAUGGCAACCGAUUCGCCGAGUUGGUGCUAGAGAAGCCUCUGGACCGAGAGCAGCAAGCGGUGCACCGCUACGUGCUGACCGCGGUGGACGGGGGAGGAGGGGGAGCAGCAGGAGGAGGAGGAGGAGGAGAAGCAGGAGGGGGAGGCGGCGGGGGAGCGGGCCUGCCCCCCCAGCAACAGCGCACCGGAACGGCCCUGCUCACUAUCCGAGUGCUGGACUCCAACGACAAUGUGCCCGCUUUCGACCAACCAGUCUACACUGUGUCCCUCCCAGAGAACUCGCCCCCGGGCACGCUCGUGAUCCAGCUGAACGCCACGGACCCGGACGAGGGCCAGAACGGAGAGGUCGUGUACUCUUUCAGCAGCCACAUUUCACCCCGGGCUCGAGAGCUCUUCGGACUCUCGCCGCGCACCGGCCGACUGGAGGUGAGCGGCGAGCUGGACUUUGAAGAGAGCCCGGUGUACCAGGUGUACGUGCAAGCCAAGGACCUGGGCCCCAACGCCGUGCCCGCGCACUGCAAGGUGCUGGUGCGAGUGCUGGAUGCUAACGACAAUGCGCCGGAGAUCAGCUUCAGCACCGUGAAGGAGGCGGUGAGCGAGGGCGCGGCGCCCGGCACCGUAGUGGCCCUGUUCAGCGUGACGGACCGGGACUCGGAAGAGAACGGGCAGGUGCAGUGUGAGCUGCUGGGGGACGUGCCGUUCCGCCUCAAGUCUUCCUUCAAGAAUUACUACACCAUCGUGACCGAGGCCCCCCUGGACCGAGAGGCGGGGGACUCCUACACCCUGACCGUGGUGGCUCGGGACCGGGGCGAGCCGUCCCUCUCCAGCAGCAAGUCCAUCCAGGUGCAGGUGUCGGAUGUCAACGACAACGCGCCGCGCUUCAGCCAGCCCGUCUACGACGUGUAUGUGACCGAGAACAACGUGCCGGGGGCCUACAUCUACGCCGUGAGCGCCACGGACCGCGACGAGGGCGCCAACGCCCAGCUGGCGUACUCGAUCCUCGAGUGCCAGAUUCAAGGCAUGAGCGUCUUCACCUACGUGUCCAUCAACUCCGAGAAUGGCUACCUGUACGCCCUGCGCUCCUUCGACUACGAGCAGCUGAAGGACUUCAGCUUUCAGGUGGAAGCCCGAGACGCCGGCAGCCCCCAGGCGCUGGCGGGCAACGCCACGGUCAACAUCCUCAUCGUGGAUCAGAACGACAACGCCCCUGCCAUCGUGGCGCCCCUACCGGGGCGCAACGGGACUCCGGCGCGCGAGGUCCUGCCCCGCUCCGCGGAGCCGGGCUACCUGCUCACCCGCGUGGCUGCCGUGGACGCAGACGACGGCGAGAACGCCCGGCUCACCUACAGCAUCGUGCGGGGCAACGAAAUGAACCUCUUCCGCAUGGACUGGCGCACCGGGGAGCUCCGCACAGCGCGCAGGGUUCCGGCCAAGCGCGACCCCCAGCGGCCUUACGAGCUGGUGAUCGAAGUGCGCGACCACGGACAGCCGCCCCUGUCCUCCACCGCCACCCUGGUGGUUCAGCUGGUGGACGGCGCCGUGGAGCCCCAGGGUGGGGCCGGGGCCGGAGGCGGAGGGUCCGGGGAGCACCAGCGCCCCAGCCGCUCCGGCGGCGGGGAGACCUCGCUGGACCUCACGCUCAUCCUCAUCAUCGCGCUGGGUUCGGUGUCCUUCAUCUUCCUGCUGGCCAUGAUCGUGCUGGCUGUGCGCUGCCAAAAGGAGAAGAAACUCAACAUCUACACGUGUCUGGCCAGCGACUGCUGCCUCUGCUGCUGCUGCUGCGGCGGCGGCGGGGGUUCGACCUGCUGCGGCCGCCAAGCGCGGGCGCGCAAGAAGAAACUCAGCAAGUCGGACAUCAUGCUGGUGCAAAGCUCCAACGUCCCUAGCAACCCGGCCCAGGUGCCCGUGGAGGAGUCCGGGGGCUUCGGCUCUCACCACCACAACCAGAACUACUGCUAUCAGGUCUGCCUGACCCCGGAGUCCGCUAAGACCGACCUGAUGUUCCUUAAGCCCUGCAGCCCUUCGCGGAGUACGGACGCUGAGCACAACCCCUGCGGGGCCAUCGUCACCGGCUACACCGACCAGCAGCCCGACAUCAUCUCCAACGGAAGCAUUUUGUCCAACGAGACUAAACACCAGCGAGCAGAGCUCAGCUAUCUAGUUGACAGACCUCGACGAGUUAACAGUUCUGCAUUCCAGGAAGCCGACAUAGUAAGCUCUAAGGACAGUGGCCAUGGAGACAGUGAGCAGGGAGAUAGUGACCAUGAUGCCACCAACCGCGGCCAGUCAGCUGGUAUGGAUCUCUUCUCCAACUGCACCGAGGAAUGUAAAGCACUGGGUCACUCCGAUCGGUGCUGGAUGCCUUCUUUUGUCCCCUCUGAUGGACGCCAGGCUGCCGAUUAUCGCAGCAAUCUGCAUGUUCCCGGCAUGGACUCUGUUCCAGACACCGAGGUGUUUGAAACUCCAGAAGCCCAGCCUGGGGCAGAGCGGUCCUUCUCCACCUUUGGCAAAGAGAAGGCCCUGCACAGCACGCUGGAGAGGAAGGAGCUGGAUGGACUGCUGUCUAAUACACGAGCGCCUUACAAACCACCAUAUUUGAAUUAUUUCCAUCCUUUUUCUUAUUUUGUCCAUUGGAGGUAA